AUAAAUAUACACUGUUUUUAAUAAAACUUGUUGAUAAUGGGUCGUAAAAAGAAGAGACCAAUCAAACCAUGGUGCUGGUAUUGCAACCGCGUGUUUGAGGAUGAAAAGAUACUUAUACAACAUCAGAAGGCCAAGCAUUUCAAGUGUCAUGUUUGCCAUAAGAAGUUAUUUACUGGACCGGGCUUGGCAAUUCAUUGUAUGCAGGUAAGUUGGUAUGCUGUUACAUUUUUUGCAUCUAGUAUUUUUCAAAGGGUUUUUAAUUAAUUAUAGACAAUCCUAAUGUACAGUUGUACUUCUGCAUGUUCACCCGGCGCGAAAUUAGUCAGUCUCUAAGUUAAUAAAUUAUUAGUGUAUAUAAUGUAAGACCUGGCAGGUACUGCACGCGACUGCUUGAAAGACUUGGAAAACUACACUUUUACUCCAAAAUAGUAAGCUGUAUGAAAAUAUCCCAUUUUUAAUAUCAUAUCAGGCUGAAGCGCUCGUGCUUAUUUUAGGCCAUAUGACACUAGAUUGACACUUAAACUGCUCUUGCCAUUCUCAAGGUUAAAUAAAAUUUUCAACGUUGCCGAUUAUUUAUCCUUCAAGACACAGUAGGUUGUUUUUACGCUUUUGUUCAAUUCCCUAUAUUCCAAUUUCUGUGUUAUUGCUUAAAUAGUAGGUAUUCAGAACAUGUGAACAAAUUCAAUGCACCACAAAAGUCAGGCAUUGUGCUACCAACCGUGAGUCUUAAAGCUUUCAUAAAUAAGGGUUUUUUGUUGGUUUAGUGUUAAAUAUUUAGAAUAAUAUUUUAUGCAUUGUGUCGCAUAAAUAACUCAUGGCAUGCAAGGAAUAUUUUCGCUGACGAGAGGAGCAGAUGUCUUCGCAGGUUUGUACCUACGAGGUACGAGGCUGUCAAUCAAACUAGCGUGUUGUCAGGCUUUAGAAAAAGGCAAACAAGUGGAUAUUGAUUGUUAUUGAGAUUUAGUAUUUUUCAAGACUAACUAAAACUGAUUGUCUUGACCCUUAAUGUCUGAUCAGUGCUGGUAAACUGUCUAUAUAAUCUACGAAAGAUGGUAAAUGUUGGGACUGGUAGAAUAAAUAGCAAUUGCAGUCAAACUUCACUUGUAUGCCUUUUAGUCUUCGCUAAAAAUUGAUGGAUUUUUUGUUCCAGGUACACAAAGAAACGAUCACUGGAGUACCGAACUCAAUACAAGGUCGCACUGAUGUGGAGAUUGAGAUUUAUGGAAUGGAAGGAAUUCCGGAGAAAGAUCAGCAAGACCAUGAGAAAAAGAUGAGGGAUCAAUCAGGUCCAAAGAAUAAAAAAGCGAAAAAUAACGAGGAUUCUGAUGAUGAUAGUGAUGAAGAACCAAACAAUAUGUUCAAUAUGAACCAACAUAUGGGCAUGGGUCCUAUGGGGAUGGGUCCAAUGGGAAUGCCUGGGAUGAUGCCGAAUAUGGGUAUGAUGGGCAUGCCAAUGGGUCCCAUGGGUCCCAUGGGCCCUAUGGGUCCAAUGGGUGGAAUGAUGGGUCAAAUGCCGCCUAAUAUGAGAUGGCCAAUGCCAAAUCCGAGAAUGAUGGGACCAAUGGGUAUGAUGGGAGGUCCCAUGGGUCCAAUGGGGCCUGGCAACAUGCCAAAUAUGACUAGCAAUAUGCCAAACCCACCUGGGUUUGGUGGAGGUAGUCCCUCUGUAAAUGAACAGAAGCCAGAUGGUCAGCCAGAUGGUUCAACCAAUGUUCCAAAACCAUUGUUCCCGGCAGCUUCCAACAUUCCGCAAACAAAACAGGAAGAAUUAAAUUCAUCUGGGACUGAUGCAAGCAAGACUGGUCAGAAAUCCUUGUCCGCCACCAGCAAGUUAAUGCACCCUGGUGAUGAAAACAAUUCUUUGGAAGAAAUUCGUGGAAAAAUGCAGAAAUACCAGAAUUCAAAGGGCCCAGGCUUACCACAAGCACCUCCGAUGCACAGUGGUUACAGAGGCACUGUGUACUGAUUGCUUUUUGUUAUUGUAUAUAAUUGUUACUGCCGUGUAAAUAAGGUAAGUUUGAAAUAAAAGAGAAAUAACAAAUAGUAGUACGAUACGAACUGAAUAAAACCAUUUUGGUAAUACAUUCUUCUUUUUUGAUGAUGUUUGUCUUGAAGUAAUUGGUAAACAAAUAAAAAUCUGUUAUGGUG